AUGGCAAACACUGUUGUUGUUAUCGGCGCUGGUGUUAUUGGCCUCACAUCGGCUUUAUUGCUAGCCAAGGAGGGCAACAAAGUCACUGUCGUAGGAAAGCACAUGCCCGGUGAUUACGACGCUGAGUAUGCUUCACCAUGGGCCGGAGCAAAUGUUAUCCCCUUAUCUCCUAUUGAGGCGAGUCGCUGGGAACGAAGAACUUGGAUAGCUUUGAAGAAGCUUGUCAAGGAGAACCCAGAGGCGGGUAUUCACUUUCAGACAACUCACGUCCUUCGUCGAAACAAGGACACACAAGAUGCCAAAUCUGGCUUCUCCGCGCACUUCUAUGCAGCCAACCCCUGGUUCAAGGAAAUAUUCGACAACUUCCGAGACAACCACUCUUCAGAAAUGGCACCCGGUUACGACUCAGGUUUCCAAUACCAGGGAGUCUGCAUUAACACCGCCAUAUACCUGCCAUGGCUUCUCGGUCAAUGUCUCAAGUACGGCGUCGUAGUCAAGCGCGCUAUUCUCACCAACAUCAAUGAGGCCAAGUAUCUUAGCCAUACUGGGCAGAAAGCCAAUAUUAUAGUCAACGCAACUGGUCUUGGCUCUUUGAAACUUGGGGGCGUGGAGGAUACCACGGUUGCUCCGGCCCGAGGACAAAUUGUUGUUGUACGCAACGAAACACCAAGCAACCUACCGCUCUUCAUGUGUUCAAGCGCCCUAGACGACAGCGGCGAGGAAAUCUACGCCAUGCAAAGAGCCGCCGGCGGUGGAACUGUCCUAGGCGGUACUUACCAGAUCGGAAACUGGGACACACAACCUGAUCCCAACACGGCAAACCGAAUCAUGCAGCGAAUCGUCGAUCUAUGUCCUGAGAUUGCGGGUGGAAAGGGUAUUCCGGGGCUGAGUAUCAUCAGGCACGGUGUUGGAUUCCGUCCUUACAGAAAGGGAGGUAUGAGGCUCGAGGAAGAGAAGUUGGAUGAUGAGACUUGGGUUAUUCAUAAUUAUGGGCAUUCUGGCUGGGGGUAUAUGGGAUCGUAUGGUUGUGCUGAGGGGGUCGUUGAGCUGGUUGGGAAGGUGACUGAUAAGACUCGGGCGAAGCUGUGA